GUCGGGUUGUGAUUUCGCUUGUUUGAAUACCGAACCUACGACCCGACCGCGACCAAUCCGUGCUGUUUUUACAAUGUGUGUGUAACUUGUCAAGACUUGUCCGGCGACGAAAGAGUUCUUCCGAGAUCAACGAAAGUAUCAAGGCAUUUUUUGAAGGGAAUUCAAAUUAAAAUGUCUUUUGAAGAUAAUAAAUCUUUUUGGGAGGAAUUUAUCCAGCUUUACCAGGAAAAUCCUUGUCCUUGGGACAUCAAGUGUAAGGAUUACCGCAACAAACAGAAAAAAAAAAUGCUGCUUAUGAGAAUUUAAUUAACAAAAGCAAAGAAAUGUUUCCAGAUGCCAACAAGAAAUUUGUUAUCAAAAAAAUAUCGUCCUUACGGUCAUCUUUCCGACGCCAGAUAAGGCGAAUUAAUAGUUCAAAGAGAAGUGGGGUGGGAACAGAAGAUGUACCAGAACCUACAUUGUGGUAUUUUGAUCUAUUGUCUUUCCUGAUGGAUCAAGAAGAGUCUCGUGCAGCGGUUUCUUCGAUAGGAGGAAAUAACCUAGAUGACCAAUCACAGGCCUCAGAUAGUGAUUCAACAGACGGUAGCGAUAAUGAAAGCCUUUUAGAAGACAGAGUAGUGCAAUCACAAGCCGAAACCCAGGAAAACAUAGAAGAUUUUGAAGUUGUCCGCCUUGAGGACCGGCAAUCCGUACAGGCAGGUAACCAAGUACCUCACCAAGAACAGUUGAAGGAUAUGCCAAGUACGCCAAAAAGAAAUACAUCGGAAGGAGAGCAGUUCCUUGUACCUCCAAAAUCGAGUCGCAAAAAAAAGGGUAAACCUACUUCAACAACUGAAAACGAGAAUAUUACUCAAGAGGCUUUCCAAAUGAUGAAGGCUGCAUUUCAUAGAUCAAACGGCGGUACACAAGAAACCGAUGCAUACACACAACAUUCUGAUCAAGAUUUAGAUUCAUCAUCAGUUUUAUCGCCUGAAGCUCCUCAAAGUGCAAUACCAAGUUCCCGUAACAAGCGAACUCUCAACUGCACAACUUGGACAUAGAAGAAAAAUAAAUUUUUGGAUGCUUCCAUAAAAGUAUUGGAAACUCCGCAACAGGAUGUUCUUGAACCACAAGAAAUAACAUUUGGCAAGAAUACUGGUCAACAAUUACAGGAUAUUGCAGUUGGACAGAAGAUAAUAGCCCAAAAACUGAUUCGGAUGUGCUAUACCAUGCAAAAUUGGGAAAUCUCACACAUUCUUCUCAUAUUUCCCUGGGUUACCAACCACCAUCAUAUCAAAGUGCCCCAUGCGUUCCGCAAGCACAAAUAUUUCAAAACUCAUGCUCCAGGCAUACAACAUCCAUUAACCCAACCUUUAAUGAACCCAGCACAUCAUAUACACGUCAACCAGAUGUACCAACUUUUACCACUUUGACAACUCCAAAUCAGGCGUCUGCAAAUAGGGAAGUGAUGGAAGAAUUUUUAGUUUUUCCCAGGCAAAAUAAUUAAGAAGUGAUAAGGUACUACGAGUAUUACAUACUGAUUCACAUAUCUUUAAUUGUUAGACAUAAUUUGAAAUAAUAAAAGUUUUUUCAACAUUUUUCUUAUAUGCAUCAGAAUACAUGAAAAAUAUAAUUAUUGUACUUAC